ACCGGAUGUGAUAGGCAGGAAGAAAUAACCUGCGCUGUCAUAUAUGUCAGCUGCGCUGGGAUUCGGUUUUUCAGUUCGUUUUUGAAUAAAAUCCUUUCUAACAUGACAAACGACGGAGACAAAAAGUCUCGGUUUUAUACCUGCAGCUGCUUCACAACAGAUAACAUCUUCCUGGACGACUACAAGCUGCAUGUUCGCUUUGUGUCCGAGCAUCAGUUCAGACUGCAGUACCAGCCGCUGCUAACGAGGCUCGGCUGCGUCACGGAGCAGCAGCUUGUAGACGUGCUUACCAAGGUUUCCCAGGAGGUGGACAGAAGAAGGCACACAUGUGAGACAUCGGCUCAAAGAACUGCUGCCAUUAAAAACACAUACGAGCCUCUCCAUCCUCAUGUCUACCAUCUGCAGGAGUCUUACCUGGCGCCGGAGCUCAAGCAGCUGGUUGCGUACUGCAGCAGCAGCGACGCAUGUGAAGAAGGUCUUAGCGAACUGCUGGAGGACGUAGGAGGUGAUGAAGCGUCCGCUUCGUUGAAGAAGCAUCGGUGGAGGAAUGCGAGAAAUAAGAUAAAUUCUCCCACCUUAGCUCCGAGAGUCUAUCGUCUCCCAGUGUUUGAGAAAAGCUUCUGUGAGCAGCUGGUGGAGGAGCUGGAGCAUUUUGAGCAGUCAUCAGCCCCUAAAGGAAGACCCAACACCAUGAACCACUACGGGAUUCUUCUCAACGAGUUGGGCUUUGACGAGGACUUCAUCACUCCUCUGAGGGAGCACUACCUGCAGCCUCUCGCCUCCCUGCUGUACCCGGACUGCGGCGGCCGCUGUCUGGACAGCCACAAAGCUUUUGUUGUCAAGUACGCCAUGAACGAAGACCUGGAUCUGAGCUAUCACUACGACAACGCAGAAGUCACUCUUAACGUUUCCCUGGGCAAAGAGUUCAAAGACGGAAACCUUUUCUUUGGUGACAUGAGACAGGUGUCCAUAAGUGAGACGGAGUGCACAGAGGUUGAGCACAGGGUUAGCGAGGGCCUCCUGCACAGGGGCCAACACAUGCAUGGGGCCCUGCCCAUCUCCUGCGGCCAGCGUUGGAACCUCAUCGUCUGGAUGAGGGCCUCGCAGGAACGCAACCAGCUGUGUCCCAUGUGCAACAGGAAGCCGUCGCUGAUGGAGGCAGAUGGCUUUGCUGAUGGAUUUACAAAACAGUCUGAGUCUCAACAGAACGGCUCCUGUGAAUUAACGUGACAGUAUCCAGCUGCUGCCUGUCUUCUGUCACACACAGGGACUUUAGGAACACACACACACACACUCACAUUUUCUAUACCCUAGACCUGGCCACCCCUGGUCAGUCUCUCUAGGCUUUCUGCCGAUCUGCUGUAGUCGGUCAGUGAGAAACAGGGUGCUUCAGGAAAUCUUUUUAAAGAAUUAUUUGGACUAUUUCAAAUGGAUGAUAUUUUGUAAUGUUUUUGGCUGUCAAAUAUCUAUUAAAAAUAUCCAACGCUGUCAGAA